AUGGAACAGAUCGUUACUGUGAUUGUGUGCUUUUCAUUGCUUUUCACCAACGUUCGAGUAGGCAGUGUGUCCGCAUCGAGUGACAUAAUAUCUGGAAGGGAGUUCCUGUCGAUUCUCCUGACACCGACCAGCACGAAGGUUGAGCCGCAGAACCCAUCCACAGCAAUGCGGCAACACCAACAGCAACCUGUUAGGAAUUUCCGAGGUGUCCGGAAGUUUCGACACUUCUUCUACGAGCAGCCAGAGAAUGAUGAUACGAUUCUGCCGAUCGAGGCGCUGUUUACCUCAAAGGAAGACAUGUCCCCUAGUAGUACGCAAUUCUAUGGUAAUCGUAGGGAUCAGCGCCAGCAGCCGACAAUCGCCAGUGGAGAACCCAAGCGCCAGUCUCCCGCUGAGGUUGGCUACUCGGAGAGCAUCACCUUGCCAUCCGCAGCGCAGUCGGAAACGUUGCAAACGAACGCUAUAGAUGAGUCGGAAACAACAACCGUUUCCCCGCCUGAGGCAACAACAUUGGCUUCCGCUCCAAUGGCUCUAGAGUUUGCAGGUGCCAUGGAAGAUGACAUUUCCAAUACCACCGCAGUACCUACGGAAGGAAGUACAGCUUCACAUGGAAGUGAUUCCUCGCCUCCUGCAGUUACUGAUGUAUCCCUUGAUGAGCAGUCCAUAUCGACUGAAACGGUGGUGCCUGUACCGAGGUCGAAUGUUCGUAGCGCAAAGAGUGCAAAGGUGACUCAAGUGUCGGACGAACGUGGCCAAGGCAUGUUGCACUCCUCAAAUUCCCAUCGAAGCGAACUGUCUGUAGAAGAGCUCGAUCCGACAAUCAACAGGGACGAAACCGUUCUGGAGGGACAAGAUUCAGUAGGCGAGGUACUGCGGGCGACUCCCGCUUCUCCGACGACACCAGCGCCAUCAGAUAUAGACCAUAUGCAAGGCAGUGCCGGAUCACCAUUUGUGCAACAACGCAAUCGAAUGCAGCGGAAACAAGACACGAAGGGGACGUUCCAGUCGAUCGUCUACCACGAGCGGAAGGAUUUGAUGAAAAGUUCGUCCUCGUUGUCGUACAGCUACCUGGGGGAAACGACACCGACGGUCAAAUCCUGGCGAGACGUUAACGACGAGUACUCACUGAACCGGAAGCGAUCCAGUUCAGUUCAGGAGACCCGCAAAAGUAUGGUAUAUUCCGAGCCCGCCCGGUUCUACUCCGAGCCAGCGCAGUUUUACUCCGAACCGGCGAAGGUGUACUCGGAGCCGGCCAAGAUCUACGGCGAGCCGGAAAAGGUGUACUCGCAGCCAGCCCAGGUGUACUCGGAGCCUGCCAAGGUGUACUCGGAGCCGGCGAAGGUGUACUCCGAACCGGCGAAGGUGUACUCGCAGCCGGCCAAAAUCUAUUCCCAACCAUCGAGCUACUGGCAGACGGCCUACGCCAUCACCGAUUCGACGGACGAGCAGCGCGCGACUACAGUCUCAUCAACUGCCACGAGCGAUGACACCUCACCUGCUGGUGUGAUACCGUCCACCACCACCGGUGCGCCGCAACUGCAGCAGCUGGACUCGAACGGGCUUGGGCAGCACCAACGGCAACGCUUGGUGUUCAACGAACUCGACAAAAUUCCCUACGACCAGCUGAACGCACCGACGGUCGACAGUGACACCGACUCCAUACACAACGCCAUCGGGAAGUUCGUGCCGAAACAAAGCCACACCACGGGCAGCGACGAAGGGGAGCUGGCGGGUCAGAAAAUGUUAGACGCUGCCCAUCGCCAAACGCCUGCAGCUGUCCAGCCGCUGACACCGGUUGUUGGCUCCGGCGAUGACGCCAAGGUGGGGUACGUGGUGGAGGGGCGCAACUAUCGGAAGUAUCGUGUCGAGGAGAAGACACCGGACGGUUUCAUAGUGGGCGAGUACGGCGUACUCUCGCACAACGAUGGCAACCUGCGUGGCGUUCGCUAUACGGCCGACUCGGACAUCAAUCCCCGUCUCAUAUACGACGCACUGCUGAAAUUUCUCUCCCUAUAA